CGCAUACCGCUCAGAUCUCCAGCAUUUUGACGCGACAUGGAGGGGAACAGUUCCACCGCCCAACCUCAACUGGAAGGAGUACCCAUCUAAUUUAGGUAUGAACAUCGUAAUAGAUGUCCUCAUCAUCAGCUCCUGUUUCGUAACGUGCGGCGUCCUUGGCAGCCAUUCCGCCACGGGGAACUGCACUGAACCAGACAUCGACAAGCUCCGCCGGGAUAUACCGAACCUCUACGCUGGGUUUCUGGAUCCUACCUUCGUGAACCUCCCACGACUGAAAACCAUCGUUAGAAGAAAGAACGGUUAUAUCUACCCUUUCAGCAAAAAGUCUGUGUACUUCUACGGAGGUUACCGGAAGUGCUCCGACGCCCGGAAGGUGAUUCGCAAAAAUGGCGGCAAUCUGUGCCCAUCAUAUUAUAUUCUGGAAUAUGACCCGGAUAGGAUUCCUCGAGAACUUGUUCAGGCAGAGUGCACGUGCGACAGGUGCUUUCUCCGACGUCGUCCGCGUGCUCGCGAAGAGGUCGUAGCUCAUCUUGGAUGUCGCAAAUUGUACACGAAUAUCCAGGUACUGAGACGGGCCGGGUGUAUCCAGGGUGUGUGGACAUAUCGCCUCUACUGGGAAAGGGUCUCCGUGGCUUGCAGUUGCAACCUACUGUUUGGUCGCCCGUCGGCCUAACAACAUUAACCAUACUUGCGUAGAUGUCAUAGAUAUGUUUCAGAGGUUUAUAUAGCGCUUUUGAGAGUUGUAUACAAAUAUACACAGUGUAAAAUUAAUAGGACUUGGUUUGCUUGGAACAUUGACGAGUUUGACUUGAAGCAAAUAAAUAUAAUUCAGUAAGA